UUCACGUUACGGGAGCAGAGCGAAGGAAGCAGAGACAGCUGUUGGGUUAAAGGUGUUAAGUAUACGAAGAACCACGACAGAAGGAACAGCAGCCCACAUUUCAGCAGGUGCUCAGAUUGAAUGGCAGCAAGCUUGAAUGGCAGUAUGACCGAGAGACAGCCACCUUUGGAUUAUGGCGUCCAGAUCCGCUUUAUUAAUGACCUGAAAGAGUCCAGCAAGUCCAAGAAGGUGACCCGCACCUCGGGAUCUUCCUCAUCUUAUGGCGUGGCAGUCAGAGUGCAGGGUAUAGAUGGGCAGCCAUACGUGGUUCUCAAAGGUGGUGACAAAGGUGAUUCCUAUGGAGUGCAGCUGAAAGUGGUGAACUCCCACUGGCCAAUACUGAUCGUCGUUCAGAGAGCUCUGAUCUCUCCUACAGUAGCCUCUCAAAAACGAAGCAUUGUAAGUGGAAGCAAUACAGACUCUUUUCCUGAAAAUCCAUACCCUGUCGAUCAGAAGUUACCUGUACAACAUUCUAGAAGUAGUUCUUUAUACAGUACAUCAGAUGAUGAGCUCAGCAAGGUGAAACCUCAACCAGUGCAAUACAACAAUGAAGAACAUAUUUAUGAUGCGAAAGGGCUUAGGAGAACAAGCCCCAGAACAGCUGGCAGCUCUCCAGUGUCAAGCCAAGGGGAUUAUAAAUCUGGUUCGCAACACAAGCCUACAACUGAUGUGCUUAGGAGGUCUCAGUCUCAGGGAUCUCUGCUGGAGUCCCCAGCAGACAGUAGUUUCAACCGCAGAAGCAACAACAUUUGGUCUUCAGAUGGCUAUGAAAAGUCUCCUCAUAAAUCUGUUUUGCCCGAGGAUCAGAGACGAAGCCUUCAGACAAGUUCUGUGAUGAGCUUUUCAGAGAACCAUGGAAAUUCAUUCCAAGAACAGAGAAAUUACAGUGGUAGGGAUAGAUCAGAAGGAGGGUCCCAUUGGUCAUCUGAUUCUUCAUCGUAUUCAUCUUUAAAUUCAAGGAGAACUCCAAGCAAUGCUGCCCUUUCUCCUACACCAGUAUCACAAGCAGACCACCUAAAAAGUGCUGGGGGCAGCUCCAUUGACACCAACCCGAUGGCUCCUGUUAAUAGUCUCAUCAGCAAAUUCAACAGUAGUAGCAGUGGAGGCCAGCAGCCCAGGGGCCGUACAGGAGUCAGGUCCAGGUUCUCCACAGAUGAGAGAAAACGCUCUCGUAGCCUGGAUAAUCGUCUUUCGUCAAGAGAAAGCUCAUUUGAAGAAUCCACAAUUCAGAGCUCCCUUGACAGGGUUGACUUUCGAACACCCCCACAGUCACCUGGUAACCAAGCCCCAAACAACAUGGCCUCUUUCACUUCAGUGUACAGUAGCAGCAGCCUUGGUAGGCCCACAAAGCAGACAGUGGUGUCUAAUACCAGAGUAACAAGUAGCUUCAACAGCUCAACAGUGAAUAACAACUGGCAAGAUGAUCAAAGAGCCAUUGAACCAUUUGUUGAGACACAACGGGUAUCCAGCAUGAAGUCUGAAAUGCAGCAGCUAAAGUCCACUCCAGAUCUCCUUCGAGACCAGAAACAAGUGUCUGGACUGUGUGGAGAGGAAGAGCAGGCCAAGCAAGUCAUCUUCAACAUUCUUCGAGAAGGAAACAAUGAGAAUGAAAAUAGUGUGAAACGAAAAGUCAACCUUGUGUUUGAGAAAAUCCAGGGAUUGAAAAACACAAGCCCCUGCAGUGAAAACCAGUCUGCUGCUCUUCAAAAGGAUAACCUGGAGAAGAAAGUUUUAGAGUUACAAAGGCAGCUAAAUGUAGAACGAAAGAGUCGUCAGAAUUCAACAGGCCAGAAUGAAGCAAAAUUACAUGCUGACCUUGAGGACAGUCGGGACAAAAUUGUGGAGCUGCAGGAAUUGAUGAACAGGAACAAGAAUGAGUUGCAGUCCUCGGUUGCUGAGUUGAUGCAGGUUCGAAUGGAAAAAGAGGCAGUUGAAACUCGAGUUCGAGAACUUGAGGACAAUCUAUCAGCACUUCAAGAAGAAAUGAGACAAGAUAAUUCUCUCCAGGCUGAUAAGGAUGUUCUGGAAACGGAAUUGAUGCAGCUGCAGGCAGAGCUAGCAGAAAUGUCUUCUGCUAAAAAAAAAUACGAAGAUCUGCUUCACCAGAGGGAAAGAGAACUGACGGCCCUAAAAGGAGCACUGAAAGAUGAGGUAGCAACUCAUGACCGUGAAAUAGAUCAGCUAAGGCAGCAAUACCAGAUGGACAUGGAACAGCUCCGCAAUAACUUUCCAAGAACUGUCUCAGGUGGUGUGCUUAAACUAUCUUCUCCAAUCACAAACACUCAGCUAAAUGUAGAGACAGAACGACAGAAAAUCAAUACCACUGUGAGAAACUUACAGAAGCAGUUAGAGGAAAGUCAGGAUGAGAUCAGCCACUGGAAAGAGAUUUUCCAGAAGACCAAGGAGGAGCUGCGAAACGCCAAACAAGAUUUGCUACAAGCAAGACUGGACAAAGAGGAGUUUGAGGAGGAGCUGCGGGACAUGCAGGAGCGCUUCUCGUCCAUGCAGGUGGAAGUAGACCGUGUCAAAUCCACUGCUGUAGAUUCCACAGAGGCAAACAACCUUCGCAAGGAUUUGAAGCGCUGCAAGGAGGAGCUCCAGCUGGUCUUGUCAGAUAAGCAAGACCAAGAAUUGCAGGUGACUCAACUGAGGCGAGAAAUAACUGUCCUGGGAGGCAAAUUACGAGAUCAGGAGGAGGGCCACUGCCGUGAAAUGGAACGUCUGCGUCAGCAAAGCCUGCGAGAGAAGGAUCAGCUUACAAAGGCUUUUGACAAUGCCACAAAGGACCAGCUAGAUAAUCACCGGGAUACAACUGAGCAAGCAUUACGAGGUUUAGAAGGUAGACUCAAAGAAGCCCUUGAACAAAAUGACACCUUGAAACUAAAGAUUUCCAGUCUGGAGUUAAAAAUCUCAGAAUACCAGGAUACUACAGAAGAGAUGGAGGAAGCUGAAGCACGUCUCAAGGACAAGGUUGCGCGUCUUGAGGCUGAGCGUCAACACCUACAGCACUCCUUGGGAGAAUCUUCAGAAAGUGAACAGGAGCUAGCUUUGGUCAAGCGCUCACUGGAGACCCGCAUGGAUGAGGCCCAGCGUAGCCUGGUAAGGCUUACCCAGGAAAAACAGGAAUUGGAGGAUCGGCUGCAGGAAGAACUCAGACAGAGGGAGUUUUUAAAGAGGGGAAAGAGCGAAAUGGAAGAACAGAAAAGACUACUUGAUAAGGCAGUUGAAAAACUGAAUAAAGAGCUGGACCAAAUGACUGCCCAGUCCAACCAGGCAGUAGCACUUAUUCAGUCUCAGUUUGACGAGUACAGAGACAAGUCACGGCGAGAGCUUCUGGAUGCACAGAGACAAGCAAAAGACAGUGUUUCUGAGUUAGAGCGACUCCAGAUGACUGUUCGAAGACUUCAGGAAGAGAUUACUAAAUUAAAACAUGAGCUUCAGGAAUGUCAAGAAGAAAAGGACAAUGCCAAUUUGGACAAAGAACUCCUAACAAAUCGCUUGCAACAUGUGGAAGCAGAGAUAAAAUCCAACCAGCACACAAAGGAUGACCGUUCCCGGCAGAUCAAGAUUCUAGAGGACAAACUAAAACAUAUGGAGCUGGAACUAGACGAGGAGAGGAAUACCGUGGAGCUGAUGACUGAGCGGGAUACCCGCAGCCGAAACCAGAUUGACCAACUUCGAGCUGAGUUGAUGCAGGAGAGGGCAAGCAAGCAAGAUUUAGAAUGUGAUAAAAUCUCACUGGAAAGACAGAAUAAAGAUCUUAAAGCACGCUUGUCAAGUUUAGAAGGAGUCCAGAAACCCAACGCCAGCUUCUCUCAGUUAGAGGCCCGCAUUCAAGAAUUAGAUGAUCGUCUUCAAGGGGAGGAGAGGGAAAAAAAUGCUUUGCAGUCGACAAAUCGCAAGUUGGAUCGUAGAAUCAAGGAGUUGACAAUACAGCUGGAUGAUGAGAGACAGCAGUAUAAUGAUCAGAAGGAUCAGCUUUCUCUGCGAAUUAAAGCCCUGAAACGACAAGUGGAUGAAUCUGAAGAGGAAAUUGAGCGGCUGGAAAAUGCCAAGAAAAAGGCCUUACGGGACCUGGAGGAUCAAACAGAGGUUCGGGAGCAGCUGCAGAACCGCCUCAAAGCUCUGGAAAAAGAGACAUGGCGUAAAAACCAGCGCCCAAACCUGGAUUCUUCGAAGCUUUUAGUAGAUGACCUGAGCUCUGAUGAAGAUUACGACAGUGCCUAUGGACCUUCGUCGAUUGCCUCCCUGCUCACAGAGAGUAACCUUCAAACAAGUUCAUGCUAGCGGGUCCUCUGAAGUCAUGGGUGGCCCUGUACACCUAGGAUGCCAAGUCCAGACCUCUCUUUUCUUCUUUUACCUCUAAAACCUAUUUGCAGCAAAAAGCCUCUGCCUUCAGCCUGUUUCCUGUUAGUCUGAUUUUUUUUUUUUUUUUUUUAUAAUAUUUGUUGAAUCAAUUUUUUUUCAAACACAUAACUGUUAAAAUACAAUGUUUUAUACUUUAUUCUACUCUGAUUAUUAAGGCAUUUUAUGCUGGUUGUAGCCACAAAUUUGUUUUACCUUCAAGAACAUAAGCUUUGUUUUAAAUUAAAAUUAUUUUUUUAGUCAAAAUUAUAAUGUUUUUCUUAUUUUAAAAUCGAUAAUGUAUUCUAUUUGAGAUUAUCAUGAUCCAUUACUUUUUAUUUCUGGCACAAGAAGUUAAUCUGUCAGUAUUUAAGUCUUCAUUAUCGCGUAACAUGUUUUGACUCUUUGUUAAUUAACAAAAUGUGGUAUUUUUACUUGUGGGAAAAUCUUUUUUGCUUUUAGUAAUGAUACAUUUGAGCUGUCGUCAAAAUAAGAAGAAUGAGAAAGAAGCUUCAAUGCUGGCAACUCUGUAAAGCAAACGUAAGGUUGGUUAUCGCAGAUCCUAAAAGUUGUAACGUCUCAUGAACUGACUGGCUAAACUGUGAAAAGGGAUGCAUUUGUUUGUCUGCUUGUUUUGGAGGGGAUCCAAAUCCUUCAUUGUCCAAGUGUACGUAUAAUGUCAUUCUGAAGUUCAAGAUCAGCCGACUCACAAACGAUUUGAUAAAAGAAGGGCCACAUCUCAGUUUGUGGAUCACGUUCCUAAUGGCUGAGGUGUGUAGUAAUGGAGGCCUCCGAUCAGCAGCCACGCAAGUUCAGGAGCCGUCCUGUGUCUUGAGCAAUGUGCAUGAAACAGCAGUCUUGUCUUUUAUUCUUCCGUUGUCACGUUCUCGCGUUUAAUUAGCAGUUUAUUUGUCUGAUCCUCAUCUCUUGCAGCCUACCUCGAACCUGGAGCCUUAAGCAAGGUGAAAUUAGCCACCAAAAAA